UAGGCAUUGGCAAAACCCUAAUCGAGCGACUUCCUCACCCCCGCCAGGCCGCCACCAUUCCCUCUCCUUUUUUCAUCAGCCAGACGACGGCCAACGAUUCCUCUAUUUGUCUCAUCAAUCGGUGACAAGCCGGCAAGACGGGGAAAGCGCAGACAAGUAUAACCUCCUCCUCCUUGGCCGAUUGGUUGGUUUGGGUUCAUUAGGAUGUCCGAUGAUUCGAGCAGCUCACCGGAGGGUAAGAAGCCGCGGCGGCGGUGGUGGGAAUUCGGAAUCGUUGGUACUUCCGGAAAGGAGCUGCGUGUGGUUCUGAUGGGUACGCCUGACAGGUCCGGGAAGAUCCGCACAACCACCGUCAACGUGACAGCUGGUAGCAGUUCCUUUUACGAGGGGGAAAAAUUCCCUUGUUCUAUGGGUUAUGCAGUGGUAGGAACGAAGCUAUAUGCUUUUGGUGGUGAAGCUGGUAGGCGCCCAUCUACAGGUGGUGUUCGUGAGUAUCCGCGAGAUUUAUAUGUGUGUGAUCUGACAAUGAAUCCCCAAAACUUUAAAUCGCUCGUAUUUGAAGUACAUCCAAACAAGCUGAAGGGGCCGAAGCAGCUGUGCAUUAAUGUGGCCUACAAAGAGAAGAUUAUCAUGCUGGAGCGGACUUAUUGUCGUGGUGACGGAGAGGCUCAGUGUCCUGCUCCUUGCGAGGUUUUGAAUCUCAAAGAUCUCAGUGUUGUGACAGUUGAAACCCCUUUUUGGACCUGGAAAGACGAGGAUGGUGAGCCUUUCCGCCCUGCUUUCUCAGGUCAUGUUGUUUCAGGGAAUGUAUUGUAUGUCCUUGUGUGGAAUUAUUGUGGUGAAAACGUUUUGUAUGGUCUUGACAUGGACAAGCUACUGUGGCACCCCUACUUUCAUGAUUCACCCUUAAAGUGGGCGAUGUACAGGGAGAGUAUCUUUCGUAAUUCGCUCUGCUCAAGGGUUGUCCAUGGUGGUAAAUAUUUUGUUGUGAAACCCGCCCUUAAUCCUAGCCUUGUUGUGAAGAACCUCACGGGCAUGCAACAGGAGCUGGAUACUGUAUCCGAGCUUGUUGGUACAGCACAAAACGACAAGUUCUUCGAGAAUGCUGUGGUUGUUCCUUUUGGAUACGACGAGGAUGAUGAUGCGAACUCUGGCGUGUAUUGCAUGUUUGUGUGGUAUAGAUCUCGUGGUGACCCAGAAGCUGAUUUCUUCAAGGCUUGCAAGUUCAAAUUGAUCGACAAUGGUGACUGCAGCAGUGCUACUGGUGGCUCAAGCCCCCCCUAUGACUGUGUAAUCUUAUCCAAGGCUGAAGUCCUAGAUGACUUUCCAGAUGAUUUCUAUGGCUAUGGUUACACAGCAUUCACUCCAACGUCUUACAUAGAGAUGAUUACCUGGGGUGAUUCUUAUUAUACAUGGUAAAGAUGAUAGAUCAUCGAUAUCGGUGGUUGUGGCGGGAAGAAGAGGGGUUUCGAGUGAAGAGCAAGGAUCUUCCGGGCGAAGAGCUGGGGAAGAGAGGGCGGGAAAGAAGAAGGUGAGAAGGGGAAGGUUUGGUGGUAAUGGAGGGGAACGUCAGCGCAAUUGAGAGAUCCAUUGAUGCAGUUAAAGUAGGCGGCAGAGAGAAGAGAGAGAUCUGCUUCAAAAUUGGGAUGGCAGUAAUUUAAGGAAAGGAAUGAUGACAGAGAGAGAGAGAAGACUCGGAGAAGAAACUGUUUGGACUCGCUGGCUCGCUUCGGGGGCGGUUUUGCUCCGCCGAUCAGCAGUAAUAAACAACACUAUAGUCGGGCCGGCGGGGCGGUUACGGCGGCGGAGGCUUCAGUCUUCAGUCUUCACUCCCCUUCUCCGCAUAUUCGCAGUUCGUUAAUGGCGGAGACAUAAAGGGGUCAUUUGGAUGCAGGUUUUGGGUGUGGGAUUUGGGCACAAUCCUAUAUAAUGUGGGAUUUUAUUAAAAUCACUCGUUUGGAAAGCAAUUAUAUGAUAAGAGAUUUUAAAUAUUAGAGAUUUCAGAAACCCACAA